AUGGCUUCCGAACUCGCCGCGGCGCCAGUCCUAUCCACCCCCGACGAUCACAUCCUCGAGGUUCCUGCCGCCGAAUCGAUACCCAAAUCAACCCUGUCAGACGAUGACCUGCGAUCAACGUACGAAAUCGGGCGAACAGCAAGCGAAAUCCGCCAAGGAGGGUGGAAGAAGAUUGCGUUACAAUUCCCAGAUCACAUGCUUGUUGACGCGCCACGGGUUGUGCAAUUACUAGACGCUGAACUUGCUUCUUCACAAGGAGAUGACAAGACGAGACGAAUUCACAUUCUGGCCGAUACAAGCUAUAGCGCGUGCUGUGUGGACGAAAUCGCUGCAGAACAUGCAGAUUCGGAGGUUGUUGUACACUAUGGAAGAACGUGCUUGAGUCCUACGAGUCGAUUACCCGUCAUAUACGUCUACACGUCUCACAAGCUUGACCACGGCUUGGUUGUGGAAAAGUUUGCUGCUGAAUUUAGCGACAAAGCAGCCAAGGUUGUUGUCAUGGCAGACUUGACGUACCAAGACCACGUUGACGCAAUAGUAAAUCUUUUGAAGGAGGCGGGGUACACAGAUAUCCUGGGCACAAGCGUUGCGGGAGAUCCUGCAGCCAUAAUACCAAACCGAAAGAUUGAUGGGCCAGAAAUGACAGAGGAAAUCAUUAAGUCGCACUCGCUGUUUCACAUUUCCGAUCCACCUACUUCUCUGUUGUUGGCUUUACAAACUCGCUUUGCGUCGCUUCACGUUCUCUCCACGACCGACUCAGCACCUACCAUGGACAAUCCGACUUUUAGAGCGGCAGGUCUUCUGCGUCGACGAUUCGCGCGGGUUCUGUCCCUUGCGUCCGCAGGGGUGGUGGGCAUCUUAGUCAACACCCUUUCUGUAUCGAAUUACCUAGCAUCCAUCGACUUGCUAAGGGAAAAGAUUGCAAAGGCAGGGAAGAAGAGUUACACUGUCGUCGUUGGUAAACUAAACCCUGCCAAGUUGGCGAAUUUCGCUGAGAUCGAAGGCUGGGUGGUAAUUGGGUGCUGGGAAAGCGGCCUUGUUGAAGAUGAUGUUGGAUAUUGGAGGCCGGUUGUCACGCCGUUCGAAAUGGAAGUAGCGCUCAUGAGUGAGGAGGAGAGAAUAUGGGGCGAGGAGUGGUGGGGAGGCAUCGAGAAGCUCAAGCAGGAAGUAGAUUCCACCAAAGACGCUGAUAAAUCACACUUGCAACGCGAGGAGGAUGCGUCGAUAGAGGCAGCCGGGGGAGAUGGCGUCGAGGGCGAGGAAUCUCUACCUCCUCAAUUUGACUUGCGGACAGGUAAACUCAUCAGUCACAGUCGGCCCAUGCAACUCACUGUGCGAAGCUCAAGUACGAGCAAUGAUGAUAACGGCACAGAAUCUGGAGGUGCGAAUGGGGCACAGUCAAACGCCGUGACGAAGAGGGUCGCAGGCGAACUGGCUAGUAUCAACGGGGUCGCGAGCCCUGGUGCAGAUUUUUUACGAUCGAAGAGGACGUGGCAGGGCUUGGGGACGGAUUUCGACCAAGAGGCAAGCACUUUGAUGGAAGAAGGGCGCAGUGGAGUUGCGAGAGGCUAUCAUGUGGGUGAGGAUGAAACAAGACAUUAA